AUGUUACGGCACUCUUUUGCGACAGCUCUCCUGUUGGCUUUUUGCCGUGGCGCAGAGGUCAACAACACUAAGCUUGAGCCAUUGCAGUUUAAGAAAAAUGGCACUUUUCAGAUUGCCAUCUUUUCGGACAUGCAUUUUGGGCAAUACGAAUCAUCAACAGGACCAGAACAAGAUCGCUAUUCUGUUGAAGUACUACGCAAUGUGCUUGACUCGGACAGGCCGGAUCUUGUCGUUCUCAAUGGAGAUCUUAUCAAUGGCGACUCGACGUUUAAGCACAACAGCACACAUUACAUCGACAUGAUCGUCGAGCCCAUUGUUAACCGCAGUCUUACUUGGGCAUCUACCUAUGGUAACCACGACCACAAUUACAACAUUGACGGCGACGACAUUCUUGUUCGCGAGCAGAUGUUCCCCGGAGCGCGCACUCAAAAAAUGGUCAACGCAACAAAAUCUGGCACCACUAAUUAUUACCUCCCUGUCUACCCAUCCGACUGCGAGGACACCAGCAAUUGCAGCCCCAAUCUCAUCUUGUGGUUCUUCGACAGUCGCGGCGGCAACUAUUACCAGGGAAGCUGGAUGGAGAACUGGGUUGAUCAAAGUGUUGUCGAUUGGUUCAACAAGACGAGCACAGAAUUGACCAAGGAGCACAACAAGACCAUCCCGUCGCUCGCCUUCGUCCACGUACCCGUCAACGCAACCGUGGCACUCCAGACAGAACUGGGUAUUCGCAAAAACUACCAAGUUGGUAUCAACGAUGACCCUCCAGUGCCGCAACAAGGCUACGGCUGGUGUGCUGACGGAACGCCCACCUAUGACUGUCCCUACGGCGGCCAAGACGUUCCCUUUAUGGAGGCCCUGGUCACCAUUCCUGGAAUCAUCGGGUUGUUCUCUGGCCACGACCAUGGAAAUACCUGGUGCUACCGCUGGGAUCAACAGCUCGAGGGGAUGGACAUCGAAGGAAAUGGCAUCCACCUCUGCUACGGACAGCGCUCAGGCUACGGUGGCUACGGCGAUUGGAUUCGCGGAGCGCGAGAAAUCGUCGUCACGGAGGAAAUGCUGGAGAAGCUCGAGGUUGAGACCUACAUCCGUCUUGAAACCGGCGACGUCGUGGGCGAAGUAACGUUGAACUCGACCUACAACGACGAUUAUUAUCCUGCAACACCAAACACAAUGACUUAUAUGUCUGAGGAGACGACAAGUGGAUCUGCAAGUAUUGUACCAAGAUCGGAGUUUGCAUUGGCGGCGUUGGGAAGUUCAUUGGCAGCGAUUGCUUGGUUGAGUCUUUAG